AUGGCAGCGAGCGGGCCCCAUGGCCACCCCGCUGGAAGCCCAUCUCAGCUGGCAGUUCUUGUUCUGACAGCAGUUACUUUCACUUCUGCAAUGAAUGAAAAUACAUCUGAGAUUACAUGUGUGUUUAUCAGCCAGAAGGAUGAAGGUUCAGGAACACCAGAGGCACUGGUAUCUCCUAAGAUUUCUGACAUUUUGGAAGAUCUUGGGUGUUAUUUGAAUUCUCAAGGAACAGACAACAUCUAUGAACCAACUAAAAAUGUGGAAGUUAAUGUGUUUGAAGAUAUUGAAUUAAGAGUGAUAAUGAACAUUUCAGAGAUCAUUUCAUGCCUUUGGUUCUUUAAAGAGAGCAAAGAUUGUAAACCUUCAUUGGACUCGGAGAACCGAUACAUUGCGUCUUUGGCUUUUUCCCAAAUAAAAGAAACACAAGCUGGAAAAUACACCCUCUCGGUCAUAAGUAAAACUGGCAAUUACACAAUAGUUGUGCCUGUUCUCAUCCGAAAGAAACCAGGCAAACCCUAUUUCAGGAAAAGGGAAAAAUCGGAUGCUAUUGAGUGCAUAUCAGAGAGCUACCCCCAGCCCUCUUUGGAGUGGAUAUUUUGCAAAACACCUGAAAAGAGUUGCCCUGAUAAAAUGCAUGAAGAAUCUGGGGAAAUAGAUGGUAUACAGAAGGCACAACAUGAAUUAUUUCAAUCUUAUAUAUGGUGCUGUGCAGUUAACGACCUGGGCAGAGAAUGCACCAGCCUCUUUACAAUAGAUUUAAAUGAGAGACAAGCAGCACCUUUACCUGAAUUACUUCUUAAAGUUGGUGAGCCCUUGCUAAUCAGAUGCAGAGCUGUUUACCGUAAUUAUAAAUUUGGAAUAAAAUUAUCUUUUGAAAACAAAGAAGUUGAACAGGACCGCCGGUUUGAAGGAUUAGAGUAUCAAACGGAUCGCUCAGCAAUUCGGAUCCAGUAUGUGUUUGCCUCAGCAGCAGAAAGAAGCCACAGUGGACAUUAUACCUGCUCUUCUACCGUUCAUCCGAAUCAAACGGCUUUGGUUACAGUUUUAGAAAAGGGAUUUAUAAAUAUAACCAACUCUAAAGAAGAUUUUGAAAUUGGUGAGGAAGAGUUUUGCUUUGAAGUUAACUUUACAGCCUAUCCACCAGUUAGAUGCAUGUGGCUAUUUUCCAAAAAAACAUUUCCAUGUACACAAAGUUACAGUGUGGAUGGACGCAGCAUUUCAUCAAAGUUCUGCAACCAUCAGCACCAGUCUGGAAUAUAUAUAUUUUAUGCUGAAAAUGAAGAUGUGGUCAUGACAAAAAAAUUCACUCUCUACGUGAGAAAAAAGCCUGAAGUAACGAUGCAGCUGUUGUUCAAGCAGAUCUUGUGUGUCGCUGACAGCUACCCUGUCUCGUCCUGGGUUUGGAGGAACUGUCCCCAACUGAACUCAUCCAACUGUACAGAAGAAAUCACUGAGGGGAUUCACAACUUCUUGCCAGAGAGGAGAUCCCUGGGCUCAUGGAUUUCAAGCAGUAUUUUAGAUGUAAAGGAGACAGCAACAACCUUCUCCGUUGAGUGCUGUGCAAACAAUUCUGUUGGUUCAGCCUGCGAAAAGAGUUUCAUUAACCUGUCAGUUGCAGGAGCCGUUUCUUCCCCCCCGGACAAUGUGGCAUUCUAUGUCUCUGUUGGAUUUUUCCUCCUAUUGAUCGCUUUUUUGUUUGUAUUCGUUUUUCAUAAAUACAAAAAGCAAUUUAGAUAUGAAAGCCAGUUGCAAAUGAUUCAGAUGAUAGGCCCAUCGGAUAAUGAGUACAUCUACAUUGACUUCAGAGAAUUUGAAUAUGAUCUCAAAUGGGAAUUUCCUAGGGAAAACCUGGAAUUUGGACAGGUCCUCGGUUCUGGGGCUUUUGGGAAAGUGGUGAAUGCAACAGCUUAUGGAAUUAGCAAUGCAGGAGAUUCAGUCCAGGUCGCAGUCAAAAUGCUAAAAGAAAAACCUGACGCUUCAGAAAAAGAUGCUCUAAUGUCUGAGCUGAAAAUGAUGACUCACAUUGGAAGCCAUGAAAAUAUUGUGAACCUACUGGGAGCUUGUACCGUGUCAGGACCAAUUUACUUGAUAUUUGAAUACUGUUGCUAUGGUGACCUUCUGAACUACUUAAGGAGGAAGAGAGAAAAGUUUCACUGGACACUGACAGAUAUUUUUAAACAGCACAACUUCAGCUUUUACCACAAUAUCCAUUUCGACCAAAAUUCCAGGAAGGGAACUCACCUGAAGUAUGGUGUGAAUGCAGCUCUAUGCAGAGAGGAUGAAUUUGAAAUCGCACAAAGACAGAACAUGAAUGUGGCAUCUGGAUCAAAUGGGAUUGUGCUGUAUUCAGAGGAAGAUAAAAUUAAAUAUGCAAGCAGACAGAUGGAUGAAGAAGAGGAUUUUAACGUGCUCACUUUUGAAGACCUUCUUUGCUUCUCUUAUCAAGUUGCCAAAGGAAUGGAGUUUCUUGAGUCCAAAUCGUGCAUUCACAGAGACCUCGCUGCCCGGAAUAUACUAGUGACCCAUGGAAAAGUGGUGAAAAUAUGUGACUUUGGCCUUGCCAGAGAUGUAGUGAAUGACUCCAACUACAUAGUCAGGGGCAAUGCUCGUUUACCGGUUAAAUGGAUGGCUCCUGAAAGCUUAUUCGAGAGAACAUACACAAUGAAGAGUGAUGUCUGGUCUUAUGGAAUAUUACUAUGGGAAAUAUUCUCUUUGGGUGUAAAUCCCUACCCUGGCAUUCAGGUUGAUACAAACUUCUACAAAUUAAUACAAAGUGGAUUUAAAAUGGACCGACCGUAUUAUGCUACAAAAGAUGUCUAUCAUGUGAUGCAGUCUUGUUGGGCCCUUGACUCCAGAAAAAGACCCUCUUUUUCUCGGCUGGUUUCCUCUCUUGCGUGUCAGCUGGCUGAGGCAGAAGGAGCAGUUUACCAGAAUAUGAAGAAAAAUGUUUCUAGACACAAUUCCAGCAUCAAAACCAAACCACAUGUAAGCAGAAAUGAGGAAUCUCUGCUAUCCCCAGCUGUGCUCCAGCAUGAAGACUCUCAGGCUGAAAAAUAAUCUGGGUUCUGGAUUUGAUCUCAGUAUUUUCAUAAACUCUGUGUAGCAUAUAUGCUUUAUAUCACCAUUAAGAAAAGAAAAUUUUACCAACUGGUGCUAUAUUCACAUUUCUUAUGGGCCAGUCCAUAUUUACGUCACUUUGAGGAGAAGACACAAUUCAUUUAUUUGAAUUCAGCAAAAACAUCAAUCACCAGAGAAAAGCGAUGGUCUUUUGGCUGUCUGUCCACAACUGGAUAUCUCUUUUCCUGGUUUUGGUUUGUUUUUUGUGUUUUUUUUGUAAACGGUGUCUAAUCAAUGCAUUGAAUUGAGACUGUUCGUGCCAUAUUGCAAGCAAACACAAGAAAAUCCAUGGGCUUUUAGUCAGUGUUUACAAGCACAGACUAUGCAUCUAAAGAUAACUGGUGUGAUUUCCAGAAACGCUACUCACAUCUUCAUCUCCAGGUGUCAGUGACUGUUGGAAAAACAGCCUUGUUUUUACAAGGAACUAUAAACCUGAGUGUGUACAACUAUCUUGUCCUGAACAUCUUAAUUGCUGUGAAGUUCCUGAUAGGUGUCCAGUUCAGGUGAGUUCAUUUCACCAAGCUUUAGGUACUUGGGUGGUUUCCAUCACCCAGGCUACAUUCUGCACUCACUGAUGAGAGCUAAGCACUUUCAGCAACUGAUUCCUUCUGCCUAAAAUAAGCACCUAAAACAAGCAGGAGGAGUAACAUUUGGAGGUGACCUUCUGCCUCCCUGGUCUGAAAAUCCAGGUGACAGUCCCCAGCUGGAAGAUUCACUUCGACUGAGUUGUAACUAACCCCAGUCUUUGGGCUUUGUGUAUUUUAAUAUAAAAUAAAAAUGUCUAAUUUUAAAGAAAGUAUCUUCUGUAGCAAUUUAAGAAUGUAAUAUCAUCACUCCCAAUUCCCAGAAAUCAGCCUGGAUGUAUUGCUUGCUGCAAGCAAAUGAGAAUACGUCUCUUUGGCUUUCUCCCAGACUCCCAGGACAAUAAUCAGAGGCUUGAGGGUUUUCUAAUGUAGAUAAGAAGACUUAUUUUUGUGAUGAUAUUUGGAAAUUUGUAAAUACGGCUUUUAUAAGGAUACAUUUGUCUACAUCUGAGUGAAUCAAGAUGAGAAUAUAUUGGUUAAUAGUUUUCUUUUCUUUUACAUUUUACAAAAUGCUAAGUGCAGUUGGGAUUUCCAGUGCCAAGUGUUAUAAAUUAA